AUGCUCACAGGAUUCAGUGCUCUAACGUUCUCCCAUGCUCCCAUCCCAUGCUCACAUGCUCCCAUCCGCAUUACAGGAGCAGCCAGGGACGCAUCAAUGAAUGCGCGACUGAAGGUGGGCUCCCAAGUGAGUACUUCCCAAUGCUCCAUGUUCUCCAACCCUACUACGACAGGAGCAGCCAGAGACCCGAACCCGGACGCGCAGCUGCAGGUGGGCACGCGGGGCGAAGACGAUUGCCAAGGCAGCCAAGUCCGUCCGCUGCAUCAUAGGCACGCAGUGUGCCCCACCAACUUCUCAUGUGCUGCAACCACGGACCGCAGGGGAGUGGCGUGUGUCUGCGAGGGCAACACCCAAAGCACGGACGGCUCAUGCACGGUCGAUGAGGAGUAUUAUACUGCUCCUGAGCCCGCACCCUCACCAACAGACAAACCAACGGAUACCCCACCUGUAAAUACCGGCGUGGACUGCUCUGCUGCCCUCACCCGGGGUCAAACACUGAACGUGACUGAAAGGGACGACCUGGCCUCAUGCUCUGUCUUCUACUUCAUUCAACCGGGCGACACAUGCGAGUCAGUGGCAGCCUCUCUCGGCCUCUCUUCCUCCUCCCUGCCGCUACUCAACCCCGGCUCCGUCUGCUCCUCGCCCCUCAAUCCCUCCCGCUCCCUCUGCAUUGAGCGGGACGAUGGGAAGGUGGGGACUGGGGAGCAGCGUUGCAAUUCACUCUACUCGGUCAGCUGCACGAGCAGCUGCACUGCGGUGGUGGGGGACCGUCAGCUGGUAUCCUUGCUGGAGCUCUACCGGCUGAACCCAGGGCUCGUGUGCUACAGCUCAGUGAAUGCUGGCCGGGAGGUGAGUCGCAGGAGGCUUGCUGCAUGGAGCAUUGCCGGUUUGAGUGAUUGA